AUGGCAGCUUCGCACGAGUCCAUCGACGUCACGACGAUCAACUGGGCCGAGGACGCGGCGCGCGAGCUGAAGGCGCACGUGUACACGACGCUCAAGCUCCCUCCCGACCUCGGGAAGCGCGUCCAGCAGCUCUACGGCGAUGCCGAGAGAGCGUUCGACGACCGCGCGUCGAGGCGGCAGCUGCGGGUGCCCGAAGACGACCGGGACGACCUGGACGCGCGGAACGGCUUCAUCGACGACCGGAAGCGCGAGUGGCUCGAGCUGCACACCUCUAUCCCCGCCGACUUUGGCGGCCCGGUCGACGCGCCUCCAGCCACGCGCCUCCUCGAGUGCGCCUGCGCGGUGGAGCACGCCUUUCGCGCCCUGUGCCAGCAGGUGCUCGAGGUGCUCGCGCGUUCUUCGCCGCCGCUCGCGGCGCUGGUGGCGGAGGAGGCUCGCUCUCCGCUGCCGCCGCCUGGUGCGCGCGAGAGCUCGCGAGGCUUUGCCGAGUCGAUGCUGCGCGUGUAUGACUCCAGCUUCCGGCAGCGCGAGGGCGAGGGCCACUACGACAUGGGCCUCCUCACCCUCAUCCCGCGAAGCACCAGCCCCGGCCUGCAGAUCAACGAGGCUUUCACGCCCGAGGGCGAGUCGCGGGCCAUCCUCUGCCCGCCCGGCGGCAAGCAGCCCAUGCUGCGCGGCCUCUGCGUCGGCCCGCGUGGCCGCAUCUACGCGGCCGACCG